GCAAGGCUCGAGACGCACCCGGCUGUGCAGAGAACGAUACAAUCGUAAAUGCUGCUGUAGCAUAGCGCCCGUCUAUAAAUAGCGAGGGUCAUCAUGCGCUCCUCGUCCUCUUUUUGGCAGCAAACAUUCAGCUCUGACAUGCCUCAGCUGCCUUCCUGGACUCUCAAACGACCCUGGGAAUCAAACGAGACACUUUGCUUCAACUUCGUCUGCUUUCUCAUCUCGCUUCACCUCAUUCUUCUGAUCGAAAAAGUAGCGCGUCGUCGAUAUGUUGGCCAACAGCCUCGUAGCCAAGAGCGCCCGGGGUAGCAGGGUAGCAUGUAUGUGCCUCUGCUUUGUUGGGAUCGUGUCCGCGGCCAGCUGGUCAAUCAACGUCAACCCAGCCACUCGGGCGACCCUUGCCAUCGCUUUCGUCUGCGCCGUAGCCAACCCCAUCAACUGUGCCAUUGCUACCGUCUCUUCUCUGCUUAUUCUGGCUUUCGGCAAGAAUGGCGCUCAGACGGGCAACAGCAACCAAGUGCUGCCGAUCACCAACAAUAGGCGCGAGGCGGCCACAUCUCGCUUCAUCACGUUUCAUUCCAACGGCACUCUCUUUGACGGCUUCUCCAACAAGCUCGUCAAUAUAGGAGAGACGCACAGCGUGCUUGACACGCACAAGAACGUGCACAUCAAAGUCACUCGUCAUUCCGCCAAAUGGAUGCGCUUACGAGCGCCGCUCUCCAACCAGCUCCACUAUUCCCGACGACAAGACGGGCAAGAGGAUGGGGACCCGGGCAAGACUGACGAGCUAGAACUCUUCUACCACGUGGAUGAGAACGUGGCUGCGAAUGUGUACGAUCAGGCUAGCGCAGAUGACAAUGCCGCCAAGAUUGUCCACUACAUGCAAGACAAUCAGCAGGUCGAUGCAUGCUACAAUAUCUACGCUUCUUCGGACGGUGGAGCUUUGGCCGAAGGAACCGUUAGCGCCAUCUCGCACGGCAAUGGAGGCGUGGAUCAUCCGGAUCAGUGCGGCGGGUAAGCGCUCAGCAAUAACGAAUUUCUCUUCUCCCAUCUGCCCGAAGCGGCCAGCUUGCCAUCCUCCCAAUCGCUCCACGUGGCCGCGAACUCCACUUCUGCACUCCAGAUCACCCCUUCAGCUUCUCGCUGCUUCCA